CCCAGAUGUUGCCAUCUUUUGAGUAAUACAUCAUCACAGAAAGUACUCUUAUAAUGUAUUACACUAAUACAUUGUUCGAAGGACACCAGCGAUGAUAAAUUCCUUAAAUGCUAGUGCUGUCUGGGGAUAACGACUCUAGGAGCAAAUGCAAGGCCAGGUUUUCAGGAUGUUAGUUCAUAUCAUCGGAGCCAAUAGGAUUUUAUUCAUUGGCAGGCUUAAAGGCUACAGUGUCCUUGCUAUGGCAGAGGCAAUGCCAGAUGAUGGCAAAAUAAUUGCAUGUGUAGAAGUACCAUAUUUUGGAGUGAAUGGCCAAGAAGCUUUAUAUGACGCAUUUCAUGGCAAGAAAAUACUUGAGACCAAUAGCGGACAGUCUGGAGGUCAAUUCAUUUGGGGGGAUAUUCAUGUUGAAAGGUUACAUGCUGUGGGCAAACACUUUGAUACAGUUUUUAUUGAUGCUGAUCAAAGAGAGCCUGCUAACUACUACAAUUUUGUCCUGGAGAACCACUUGCUGAGAGAGGAUGGAGUGAUCUGUAUGGAGAAUACACUCAUGAAAGGACAAGUCUACCUGGAGAACAUACCUGAUGAAAAUGUAUUAGCUGUCAGAAAAUUAAACACAGUAAUUAAUUCAGAUCCUUGUGUUGAGCAGGCUUUCCUCCUCCAGAAACAAGUGGUGAAAAGCAAUGUCUUUUGGGGCUACAGAAGAUAUUGCAUUCUUGAUCACCUGCGAUGUGAUGGCAAAGCGGCCGAUGUAACAGGCGGAGGCCGGAAGAGCAUGCACUGCAGAGGCAGGUGCUAAGAUGCCCGGUGUGCAUCUGGUACUUGCAAAGGUAGAAGCUGUUGCAUGUGAGCUAAGCCUGAAAGGUAAGCAGUGAACUACCAGUAGUUCAGAUGUUCCUGUUGUACAGACACCCUACAGGGCUCAUCACUGGUCUGUCUGUUACUGUAAGCUCCGUACACUUCUUGUUGGUACAGAUAUCUUACUCGUAUCUUGGUGGAAAAUAAGUCCAAAGAGCAAAACAAAGAUUUUU